GCUGAUGUCGAGGAUGUCCUGCUCAGUCCCUCUCUGUCAUUCCUCCAGCAGCUCGGCUCUGACAGACUCAAGUUCUGCUAAACAGCUGGGGAUUAUGUUCAGUGGACUUUUAAAGGAGGAGCCCGUUCAUGACCUCUCAGACUGUGGCGUGGAGCAGAGGACAACAAAAUACAUCUAAUCCAAGCCGUGGCCCGCCGAAGAUCGCGCUCUUUUAAACGGCACGGAGAGAGAGAGAGAGAGAGAGAGAGAGAGAGAGAGAGAGAGAGAGAGAGAGAGAGAGAGAGAGAGAGAUCAUGGCUGGAUGUUGCAUGUCUGCGGAGGAGAAGGAACGGCAGAGGAUAAAUCAGGAGAUAGACAAACAGCUGAGGAAAGACAAGAAAGACUCUCGCAGAGAGCUCAAACUGCUGCUGCUGGGCACCGGUGAGAGUGGCAAGAGCACGUUCAUUAAACAGAUGAGGAUCAUCCACGGCUCGGGUUAUACCGAUGAAGAUAAGAAGGGCUUCAUUAAGCUCGUCCACCAGAACACCAUCAGCGCCAUGCAGUCCAUGGUCAGAGCGAUGGACAUGCUCAAGAUCGCCUACGCUAACUCAGACAACCAGGCUAACUCUACACUGGUGAAUGAUAUCGAGGUGGAUAAGAUUAUGAGUUUGGACGAGGCCCAAGUCAACGCCAUCCGGAGCUUAUGGAACGACUCUGGGAUUCAGGAAUGCUACGACCGCCGCCGCGAGUACCAGCUAACGGACUCGGCCAAAUACUACCUGAGUGAUCUGGAUCGGAUUUCAGACGCAGCGUACGUCCCAACAGAGCAGGACAUCCUGAGAGUCAGGGUUCCCACCACGGGUAUCAUCGAGUACCCCUUCGACCUGGAGAACGUCAUCUUCAGGAUGGUGGACGUCGGGGGUCAGCGCUCCGAGCGCAGGAAGUGGAUCCACUGCUUUGAGAACGUCACCUCCAUCAUCUUCCUGGUGGCUCUGAGCGAGUACGACCAGGUCCUGGCUGAAUGUGACAACGAGAACCGCAUGGAGGAGAGCAAGGCCCUGUUUAAAACCAUCAUCACAUAUCCCUGGUUCCAGCAGUCGUCUGUGAUCCUCUUUCUGAACAAGACAGACAUCCUGAAGGAGAAGAUCGUGUACUCUCACGUGGCCACAUACUUCCCAGAAUUCACAGGCCCCAAAAACGACCCAAAGUCAGCCCAGGAGUUUAUUCUUAAGAUGUACCAGGAGGAGAACGAAGACAAAGACAAAACCAUCUACUCUCACUUCACCUGUGCCACCGACACGGAGAACAUCCGCUUGAUCUUCGCCGCUGUGAAAGACACCAUCCUCAGACACAACCUCAAAGAGUUCAACCUGGUUUAAAAUCAGCAGCCGGUCCCCGUCGAGUAGAUUUAGCGCUCGCGUUAGCUUAACGUUGUUGAAUAAGGACUUGUAUAAGGAAGAACGUAGGAGCAUUGCCCGAUGGAUUAGAUGUGGACGAGCCUCGAUCUUCCAUUACAAGGACGAGCCUCCUUUCCUGUCGUGUUUAGGUCUUCUAAUAGAUGAAUAGGUUUCAUCGACAACAGAUGUUGCCGUUUUGUUCUUUAUGUGAGUAGAGUUUACAAAGCAUGCUACUUAGGCACAUGUUAAAAAAAAAAAAAUUCUUAGAUCAAAGUCUCGAAGACUCCUUGAAGCGUUUAAAUGCAAAAAGAUGGAGAAGUUUACAAGCUAAUGUAAAAAAAAAAAAUAAUGCUCUGAAGUUGCCUUAUGUAGUUUUAACAAGUCUAAAUCAAGAUUAUACAUUUGUAGAAAAUUAAGAUACAAAUUUAAUUGAUAUUUUUUAUUUUAUUAUGUAAAAAAUAAUAAGAGUGGCGUUUUAGUGUCAAAUUGCACAUUGUAAAUGAUAUUUAUCAAUUUUAAACAUGCAUAUUCCUUACUGAAAUCUUUAUUUCUCACAGGAGAUUCAGUCACUGGGCAAAUUCAGAAAGUUUUCACAUUGUACGCGGCACAUUUUCAUUAUUUUACCUCAGUUCGUAGCGAGCUCAAGCUGUAGUGAAUACCUGAAGUGCCUUUAAACUGUAACGUCUGUAUCAGCUUUGAUAAUAUUUAUUAAAUGAGGAUAUACAGCUA